GAGCCCGGCCGCCAUGGAGGGCGACGCGUCGGACACGCUGGUGACUAUUAAGAAUAUCGAGAGAGAGCUCAUUUGCCCAGCCUGCAAGGAGCUGUUCAGCCACCCGCUGAUCCUCCCGUGCCAACACAGCAUCUGCCAUAAAUGUGUGAAGGAACUCCUAUUGUCUCUGGAUGACUCCUUCAAUGAUGUCGCUUCUGCUUCCGACAACUCCAAUCAGAGCAGCCCUCGACUCCGCCUCCCCUCCCCCAGCCUCGAUAAAAUUGACAGGAUUAGCAGGCCAGGCUGGAAGCGGAACUCCCUGACGCCCCGGACCAUAGCCUUCCCCUGCCCAGGCUGCGAGCACGAUGUGGACCUGGGGGAGCGAGGCAUCAGUGGCCUCUUCCGGAACUUCACGCUGGAGACCAUCGUGGAGCGGUAUCGGCAGGCGGCCCGGGCCGCCACGGCCAUCAUGUGUGACCUGUGCAAGCCACCGCCCCAGGAGUCCACCAAGAGCUGCAUGGACUGCAGCGCCAGCUACUGCAACGAGUGCUUCAAGAUCCAUCACCCGUGGGGCACGCUCAAGGCACAGCACGAGUACGUGGGCCCCACCACCAACUUCAGGCCCAAGAUUUUAAUGUGCCCGGAACAUGAGACGGAGAAAAUCAAUAUGUACUGUGAGCUGUGUCGGAGGCCGGUGUGUCACCUGUGUAAGCUGGGCGGGGCUCACGCCAACCACCGAGUGACCACUAUGAGCACUGCCUACAAGACCUUGAAGGAAAAGCUUUCGAAGGAUAUUGAUUACCUCAUUGGUAAGGAGAGCCAGGUGAAGAGCCAGAUUUCAGAACUGAACUUGUUAAUGAGAGAAACGGAGUGCAACGGCGAGAGAGCAAAGGAAGAAGCCAUCGUGCACUUUGAGAAGCUCUUUGAGAUUCUGGAGGAGAGGAAGUUGUCCGUGCUGAAGGCCAUUGAGGCCUCCAAGAAGCUGAGGCUGGAUAAGUUCCAGACGCAGGUGGAGGAGCACCAGGGGCUCCUGGAGAGCAGUGGGCUGGUGGGCUAUGCCCAGGAGGUGCUCAAGGAGACCGACCCGUCCUGCUUCGUCCAGACGGCCAAGCAGCUCCACCUCAGAAUACAGAGAGCGACAGAAUCGUUGAAGAGCUUUCGACCUGCUGCUCAGACAUCUUUUGAAGACUACGUGCUGAAUACAUCCAAGCAAUCGGAACUCCUUGGAGAACUGUCUUUUUUCUCCAGUGGGGUGGCCGUCCCGGAGAUCAGCGAGGAGCAGAGCAAGGUUUACAACAACGCCCUGAUCAAUUGGCGCCAUCCAGGCGGGGACGAGGCGGACAGCUACGUGCUGGAGUACCGGAAGGUCAGCCGGGAGGAGACACUGCUGCCGUGGGACGAGGUGGAGGUGCUGGGCACCAGCAAAGUGGUCUCCAACCUGGACAGCAACGCGCACUAUGCCUUCCGCGUGCGCGCCUACCGCGGCUCCAUCUGCAGCCCCUGCAGCCGGGAGCUGGUCCUGCACACGCCACCGGCGCCAGUUCUCAGCUUCCUCUUCGACGACAAGUGUGGCUACAACGCGGAGCGCCUAUUGCUGAACCUGAAGCGGGACCGGGUGGAGAGCCGGGCGGGCUUCAGCACCCUGCUGGAGGCCGAGCGGAUCCAGGCCGGCCACUACGCCAGCCUAGACUACAUCAUCGCGGACGCUGGCAUCAGCAAGGGGCGGCACUUCUGGGCCUUCCGCGUGGAGCCCUAUUCCUACCUGGUGAAGGUGGGCGUGGCCUCCAGCGACAAGCUGCAGGAGUGGCUGCACUGUCCCCGCGAGGCCGCCAGCCCCAGGUACGAGCAGGACAGCGGCCACGACAGCGGGAGCGAGGACGCCGGCCCGGACGCCCCGCAGCCCUUCACGCUGGUCACGGUGGGCAUGAAGAAGUUCUUCAUCCCCCGCACCCCGUCCGCCUCCGGCGAGCCCGAGGCCCGCGUGCUCCCCAUGCCCGCCAGCAUCGGCGUGUGCCUGGACCACGACCGGGGCCGCGUGGCCUUCUACGACAUGGCGCGCAUGCGCUGCCUGUACGAGCGGCCCGUGGACUGCGCGCGCACCAUGUUCCCGGCCUUCGCCCUCAUGGGCGGCGCGGGCAUCCAGCUGGAGGAGCCCAUCGCCCCCCGCUACCUGGACUUGGGCCAGGACGCUUAGCCGCCGGGCUCGCGUGGCAGGACGGCA